AUGUGAGACUGUAUGCAAAGUACCCAGGAGCAAGCUCUGCACUUGGAAGGGGAUCUCAAUCCUUCUACAGUCCCAAUGUCCACUUUAGCAUCUAAGAAAAUGCCCAAAAGCAUUUCAAUAUCCAAACAGCUGGCUUCAAUAAAAGCUCUCAGGAAGGGCUCAGAUCUGGAAAACACUAUUGCCAUCACUGCUCUGACUUUCAGAAAUUCUUCUGACCCUGAUGGUAAACUUGAAAAAGCUACUGCCAAAAAUCUGCUACAAACCUAAUUUAGGAAUUUCACAGAGGGACAAGAAACCAACCCAAAAUACAAAGACCUUCUUUCUGAACUUGAUGAGCAUACAGAAAACAAGUUUGAUUUUGAGGAUUUCAUGAUCUUACUGUUAAACAUCACUGUAAUGUCAGAUUUGCUACAAAAUAUAUGGAAUGUAAAAAUGAUCAAAUAAACAGCUUUAACUAUGCAGUUAGGCAAAAUAAUGACCAAAGACAGUGUUAAAUAAUUAAAGAUUGUCUCCCUUUUUUUUUCAACUAAUUGAUAUCCUGACAUGCAUCUGGGAUAGCAUGGCUGGUUCUGAUUGCUAAUACUCAGACCUAAUAUAACUCCAAACUCCACACAUACUCUUCAGAAAUUUCUGAAUAAUAUGAUCUCUUGCUGUUUCACAACAUAAAAGAUUUAUACCAUUGAAUAUCACAUUACUCUUGCUGAGUCGAU